UAAAAACCUACCUACUCUGCCUACUUUAUUCAUUUCUUCUGCUUUGUUCUCGGUCUCGCCGCUUAGUUUAUGUUCACUAAUAAGUAUUAGCCCUUUGUUGUUUCUCAACAACAGAAAAGUGGCAUGUCAACUAGGAGUGAGAAAGAUCAAUUCCGUAGUAGUCCUGGUGAUGAUGGAAACUCCGAAAGUUGGCUUGUUGGAAACUCACCUCAGAAAAAUGUGAAAAUUGAGACAGGAUGUAAUGACGAAACUGACCUCGUUGAUAGAAUCAGUCAUCUACCUCACGCUUUAAUUGUUCAGAUUCUUUCUCGAUUGUCCAUAAUUGAUGCCUUCAGAACAACUAUUCUUUCUAAAGAUUGGCAAUACUUCUGGACUGCUAUCGACAAUCUUGUUUAUGACAAUGAGGAGUUUAAUUGUUCAAAUAGCUCGAUGGUACACAAAUUCAUUUCCGUAACAGAUAAUGUACUACCUCUCCUUAGCAGCUCUAGCAUUAAAAAGUGCAGUCUAAACUUUGUGUUCAGACAUAAUGAUGAGGUGUCUUAUUUUCCCGUAAUUGACAAGUGGCUUGAAUUUGUUGUGAACAAGAAAGUGGAGGGUCUAAGCCUGAAGAUAAGUUAUGAUACUGAUGAUAUUGAGAAUGACCAACCUUAUAGUCUUCCAAAAGUUUUCUGUAGUAGUUCGUCGAUCCAAAAACUCAAAUGCCAGAAUUGCAGAAUAUUAGACGACUGUGUAUUAAAUUGGACAUCGUUGAAGAUUUUGACAUUGGAAGAUUUGUUAAUCCAGGAUAAACACAUUAGCCAAAUAAUGUCCAAUAGCCCUCAGUUGGAAUCAUUCAGUCUCUAUAAAUUUUGUGGAUUUAAUUAUUUGCACAUGACUUCUCCAAAUUGUAAGAAACUUAAAUUGAUUGAUCACUAUCAUCCUAUUGGAGAUUGGUAUUCAUUCGAAGGUGAUUGUUGCUUUGAAGUUGUUGCUCCGUAUGUUGAACAUUUAACGAUUUCUGGAGAUUUUGAUUAUACGAUUAUUGAGCUUAAGGACUUGUCAUCUUUGGACCAUGCCAAACUUGAUCUCUGUAGUGAUGAGUUUGAUUCACUGGAUGAGGGCAUACUGAUAGAUCUUUUGGUAAGCAUUGGUUGUGCUAAUGAGCUAAUACUUUCAUCCUGGUUUAUCAAGGUGAUUUCCACUUCGAUGAUGGACGAGGAAUUGAAAGUCUCCUUACCGUUGCUACAAUGCAGAUGGUUGACAAUAAGUUCGUAUGUUUCAAAAGUUUCCUUCCUCAUGCUAGACAAACUCUUAAGGUCGACUCCUAAUUUGGAAAAAUUGACGAUGUUUCCUGAUCUGGAGGACUUCUCAAUUUUUCAGAACGCGGAAAAAAACACUGAGGCGUUGGAAUUAUAUGACCCCCUCUCAUUUCAAGAAAACAUAUUCAAAGAUCAUUUACAGAAUUUGAAGAUUGUCAAGGUUAUGCCAUUUUGUACAUCCGAAGCAACAGAGCUCGAUCAAUUCUUGAAGUUCUUACUUGAGCACGCGAUAAAUCUGGAGAAAAUGGUUAUAGUGCCAAAGCAUAAGGGAUGCAACAAUUGCGCUACUAAUACCUCACAGUUGAUAAAGUGUUUGUCACUUUUUCCAAGAGCUUCUAUUAGUACAGUUAUUUCCUUAGGUCCAGUUACCCGAAAUGUUUUUAAUACUCUUUAGUUAUGUUUGAAACUCUCUUGUGAUUAUAAGGACACAAGGCUGGGAUAUCAUGAUUAUAAUUUGGAUAUUGCUUGUAAUUUGUUUUAACUGACAUUGUGAUUUUAGUAGUUUUUUCUUUCUAUU